AUGUCUAAUCUGGAUGAAGCAGCCCAUCAACUGUCCAGAAGUGGGACAAGCCUCUAUGCAGUGCUAGAGCUUAAGAAGGGUGCCUCGCCUGAGGAUGUGAAAAAGUCCUACAGGAAACUGGCCUUGAAGUAUCAUCCAGACAAGAAUCCAGGAGAUCCUCAAGCCGCAGAAAUAUUCAAAGAGAUCAACACAGCCCACGCUGUACUGAGUGACCCUGUAAAGCGGAAAAUCUAUGACAAGCAUGGAUCACUGGGAAUCUAUAUAUAUGAUCACUUUGGCGAAGAUAGCGUCAGAUACUAUUUUAUAGCAAAUAGUUGUUGGUUCAAGACACUAGUCCUCCUCUGUUGCCUGCUCACCGGUUGCUGUUGCUGUUGCUGUUGUUGCUUUUGCUGUGGAACACUCAGACCACCAACUGAGGAAGUAGUCAAGAGAAACAAUCAAGAAAAUGUCCGCCGUCAACCUCCAAGAUCAGGUGAGCAUGGCAGGCAGGGGCUGAGGUGCUAA